AUGAUCUUUACUGUGGAAGAAAUCAACCGGGAUCCAGCCCUAUUGCCCAACUUCACACUAGGUUUCCAUGCUGCAGACACCUGCCUUGCUGCUGAAAGUGCUCUAAGUGCUGCGCUGUCAAUGGUAACAGGGCAGGAUGAAGCAGUGUCUGGAGAAGAGUGUGCUAGGGCUCCCAACGUGGCUGUCAUUAUUGGUGAUGCCAGUUCGUCUGCCUCUAUAGUGGUGGCUGAUACAUUGGGCAUUUUUGACAUUCCACUGGUUAGUUACUUUGCAUCCUGUGCAUGUCUCAGUGACCAUACCAGGUACCCCACCUUCUUGCGCACAGUUCCAAGUAAUGCCUUUCAGGCAAAAGCCAUGGCUCACCUCUUGCGAAUGAUGGGAUGGUCCUGGGUGGGGAUUGUCUAUGGAGAUGACGCCUACGGGGAAAGUGGCAUGCAGCUGCUGCUGAAGGAACUGGAAGGCUCAGGUGUAUGCGUGGACUACAUUGAGGCAAUCCCCAAAUCCUAUGCACUGAACCGAAUCAGGCGAAUUGUAGAGAGGAUACAGAGCUCAAAGGCCUGGGUGGUUGUGACCUUUUCCAUCAGCCCAGAUACAGAGGCCUUGCUGAGGGAAGUGGUGAGACAGAAUGUGACAGACAGGCAGUGGAUUGCCACAACAGCCUGGAGCACAUUGAGCUCUUAUACCACAUGGAGUGGCAUCACCUUAGCAGGUACCAUUGGCUUAGCCCUUCAGAGUGCUGAUAUCCAGGGCCUGAGCUCCUAUCUGAACCAGCUGAGCCCAGAGAGACACCCAAAGGAGCCGUUGGUACAGAGCGUUUGGGAGGAGGUGUUUGGGUGCAAAUUUGGGGCUGAAAAUCAGUCGGAACCUCUGAAACCACAGUGCACAGGCUUAGAGAAGGUGGAAGUACUGGCUGAAUCUGAUGUUAAUUACAAUGUGUAUAAGGCUGUGUAUGCUAUUGCACAUGCGAUUCAGAACAUGCUGGACUGUGAGCCUGGAAAAGGGCCAUUUGAGAACAGAGAGUGUCCUGAGAUCAAACCAAUACGACCUAAACAGCUUCUGCACUACUUAAAGGCAGUGGAGUUCACAACACAAGUUGGUGAACACGUGAAUUUUGGCAACAAUGAGGGUCCAUCUGCUUCAUAUGACAUCAUUAACUGGCACAUAGGCUCUGAAGGAAAGAUAGAGUUUGUUAAAGUGGGGUACUUUGAUGCAGCAAGAGGACCAGAGCAAGACUUGCAGUUAGACCUGAAAAAUAUUCAUCUAUUUGCUAAUCAGGUGCCGGUGUCGGUGUGCAGUGAGAGCUGUCCCCCAGGCACCAGGAAGGCUCUGCAAAAAGGAAAGCCAGUCUGCUGCUAUGACUGUAUACCAUGUGCAAAAGGGGAAAUCAGCAAUUCUACUGACUCCACAGAGUGCACCAAGUGUCCAGAGAGUUUGUGGCCCAACACUGAUCAGACAGAGUGCAUCCCAAAGUUAGUGGAGUUCCUGUCCUUUCAAGAUAACAUGGGCAUCAUCCUCUCUGUGCUGUCUGUUGCAGGGGCGGCACUUACAGGGACUGUCCUUGCUGCCUUCUUCCGUUUUCGAGAUACACCUUUGGUCCGUGCCAAUAAUUCAGAGCUGAGCUUCCUGCUGCUGCUGUCACUCAAACUCUGUUUCCUGUGUGCGCUGACUUUCAUUGGUCGGCCGGCGCCUUGGUCCUGCAUGCUGCGUCAUACGUUGUUUGGGAUUAGUUUUGUGGUGUGCCUGGCCUGUGUUCUCGGUAAGACAAUGGUAGUCCUGGUUGCCUUCAGGGCGACUCUGCCUGGCUCAAACAUAAUGAGGUAUUUUGGCCCCGUUCAACAGUGGGCAGGUAUUUUCUUAUGUACACUGGUGCAAGUGGGGAUCUGCGUGCUGUGGGUGACACUUGCACCACCUUUGCCUACAGAAAGUGCAGGAGGUGAGUUUGGAGCUCGAGUGGUGCUGCUUUGUGCAGUAGGCUCUGUGGCGGCAUUCUCCCUGGUGCUGGGCUUCAUUGGUCUCCUGGCUGCCAUCUGCUUCCUGCUGGCCUUCUUCGCCCGGAAGCUUCCAGAUAAUUUCAAUGAGGCUAAGUUCAUCACCUUCAGCAUGCUGAUCUUCUGUGCAGUGUGGGUCGCUUUUGUGCCAGCAUACGUCAGCUCUCCAGGGAAGUACACUGUGGCAGUGGAGGUCUUUGCCAUCCUGGCCUCCAGUUAUGGCCUCCUGCUGUGUAUAUUUGCCCCCAAGUGUUACAUCAUUCUGCUCAGACCAGAAAGGAAUACAAAAAAGAGCAUGAUGGUAAUGGCUGUGGAUGCAUGGCUGUGGAUACUGGGAAUCUUGGCUGGGCCUGUUUGGGUGUGUUCUCUAGGACUCUCCUGUACUCGUCAGAGCAGGUCCAUCUCAGGGAGCCUGUAUAAGGAGGGAGAUGUGAUUAUUGGGGGUCUGUUUCCUGUUCACAGUAUAGCUCCCGCACCCGAUUAUGCAUUCACUCAAAGACAAACAGGUCGCUGUCAAAGUGUUGAUCUCCGCUCAUAUCACUGGCUUCAGACCAUGAUCUUCACUGUUGAGGAAAUCAAUCGGGACCCGGUCCUUUUGCCCAACUUCACACUCGGCUACCUGGCAGCAGACACCUGCUUGAGUGAGGGGAGCACCCUGAGCACUGCACUGUCACUAGUGACGGGCCAGGAGGAGGCCAUUUCAGGAGAACAUUGUGCCAGGGCCCCUAGUGUGCCUGUUAUUAUUGGUGAUGCCCGUUCCUCUGCUUCCAUAGUGGUAGCUGAUACACUGGGAAUUUUUGGUAUCCCCAUGGUCAGCUACUAUGCUUCCUGUGCAUGUCUCAGUGACCGUAAAAGAUUCCACACUUUCUUGCGCACAAUUCCCAGCAAUGCUUUCCAAGCUAAAAUCAUGGCACGCCUGCUACGCUUCAUGGGCUGGUCCUGGGUGGGAGUUGUCUGUGGAGAUGAUGCCUAUGGGGAAAGUAGUAUGCAGCUGUUGCAGCAGGAACUGGAGGGUUCAGAUGUGUGUAUGGACUACUUAGGGGUAAUUUCCAAAUCCUACACACUAAGCAGUAUCAGGCAAAUUGUAGAGAAAAUACAGAGCUCCAAGGCUCAGGUGGUGGCGAUCUUAGCCAUCGGCCCAGAUACGGAGGUCUUGCUGAGGGAAGUGGUGAAGCAGAAUGUAACAAACAGGCAGUGGAUUGCCACACCAGCCUGGAGCACAUCAAGUUACAUCGCUUUAUGGAGUGGCCUCUCCUUAGGCGGCACCAUUGGCUUAGCUCAACCAAGCAUUGAAAUCAAAGGUUUGAGCUCUUAUCUAACGCAGCUGAAUCCAGGGGAGCACCCAAAGGAGCAGCUGGUACAGAACGUUUGGGAGGAACUGUUUGGGUGCAGAUUUGGAGAGGAAAUCCUGUCAGGACCUCCACGACCACGAUGCACAGGCUUGGAAAAAAUGCAGAUACAAGCACAGGAGACCAUGUCUGAUGGCAAGUACAACGUGUAUAAGGCUGUGUAUGCUAUUGCAAAUGCUAUUCAGGACAUGCUGGACUGUCAGCCUGGAAAAGGGCCCUUCAAGGAUGGAAAAUGUCCUGAUAUCAAGCCAAUAAAUCCUGAACAGCUUCUACAUUACCUAAAGGCAGUAAAGUUCACAACACCAGUGGGUGAGCUUGUUUAUUUUGACCAAAACGGGGAACAACCCACCUCAUGUGACAUCAUUAACUGGCAUAUAGGAUCUGAUGGAAAAUUAAAGUUUGUAAAAGUGGGACAGUUUGAUGCAACAAAAGGACCAGACAAAGACUUGCAGUUGGACCUAAAGAAAGUGAUCUGGGGAGGAGGCUGGGGUGACAAGGUGCCUGUGUCUGUGUGCAGUGAGAGCUGUCCCUCAGGAACCCGGAAGGCUGUGCAAAAAGGAAGGCCUGUCUGCUGCUAUGACUGCAUACCAUGUGCAGCAGGGGAGAUCAACAAUGCUACUGACUCCACAGAGUGCACUGAGUGCCCAGAACGGUUCUGGUCCAACACUGACCGAACAGAGUGCAUCCCUAUGAUAGUCGAAUUCCUGUCCUUCCAAGAUCAUAUGGGCAUCAUCCUCUCUGUGCUGUCGGUAGCCGGUGCAACACUUACUGGGACUGUCUUCAUCGCCUUCUUUCAUCAUCGAGAUACACCUCUGGUCCGUGCCAAUAAUUCAGAGCUGAGCUUCCUGCUGCUGCUGUCGCUGAAACUCUGCUUCCUGUGUGCAUUAGCAUUCAUUGGCCGGCCGGCGCCUUGGUCCUGCAUGCUGCGCCAUUCACUGUUUGGGAUUAGUUUUGUGGUGUGCCUGGCCUGCGUUCUCUGUAAGACAGCGGUGGUCCUUUUUGCCUUCAGGGCAACUCUGCCUGGCUCAAACAUAAUGAGGUAUUUUGGCCCUGCUCAGCAGAGGGCAGGCAUCUUUGUCUGCACACUGGUGCAGGUGUUAAUCUGUGUGCUGUGGCUGGUGCUGGCACCUCCUCUUCCCACAGAAAGUGCAGGAGUUGAGCUUGGAGCCCGUGUGGUGCUGCUCUGUGCAGUGGGAUCAGUCAUAGGCUUUUCCCUGGUGCUGGGCUACAUCGGUCUGCUGGCUGCCAUCUGCUUCCUGCUGGCCUUCUUCGCCCGGAAGCUUCCAGAUAAUUUCAAUGAGGCUAAAUUCAUCACCUUCAGCAUGCUGAUCUUCUGUGCAGUGUGGGUCGCUUUUGUGCCAGCAUACGUCAGCUCUCCAGGGAAGUACACUGUGGCAGUGGAGGUCUUUGCCAUCCUGGCCUCCAGUUACAGCCUCCUGCUGUGUAUCUUUGCCCCCAAAUGUUACAUCAUUCUGCUCAGACCAGAAAGGAAUACAAAAAAGAGCAUGAUGGUCAAAUAA